CCUGUUUCAAUACCUCACCUCUCUUUCUGAGAAGAAAUUUUUCCUAAUAUCCAACUCAACAUCCAACUUCUCACCAUUCUCCAAGAAGAAUAUUAACCACAGUUGUAACAGAAUCUGAAGCUGAGCACUGAGAACUUCCUGCCUUGUUCAAAAGAUGUCUGGUGAGCUGGCAUCAGAAGAAUUUCAAUGAAGAAAGGCAGCAGCAGGAAGGAGAAAAUGCUGAAGCUAAUCAAGCAUAUCACUGUCAUGGCUACUCACAGGCCUAUGAGGACAGGAAAAUGGAGCAGCACCAAGCACGGAGGAAGCUCUACACAGCAUCAGUAAUUUGCAUCAUCUUCAUGGUUGCUGAGAUUACAGGUGGGCAGAUCGCUGGCAGCCUGGCGGUGGUCACCGAUGCAGCGCACAUCCUGGUGGACCUCACAAGCUUCCUCAUCAGUCUCUUCUCGCUGUGGCUGACCUCCAAGCCUCCUACCAAGCACUUAACUUUUGGGUGGCACCGAGCAGAAAUUCUGGGAGCUUUGAUGUCUAUGAUAAUCAUUUGGAUGGUGACUGGUGUGCUGACGUAUUUGGCUAGCAUGAGGCUGCUACACACUGAUUAUGAUAUUGAUGCUGCAGUGAUGCUCAUCACCUCUGCUUGUGCUGUGUUCGCCAAUAUCCUACUAAGCCUGAUUCUGCACCAGUCUGGACAUGGGCAUAGCCAUGGGGCACAAGCCAGGGAAACCACGCUGGCCCCUCUGGAAAAGCCAGUUCUGAGCAAUGCCAGCCUGCGGGCAGCCUUUGUGCAUGCCAUUGGGGAUUUAUUCCAGAGUGUUAGUGUGCUAAUUAGUGCACUUAUCAUCUUCUUUAAGCCAGAAUACAAAAUAGCUGAUCCAAUCUGCACGUUUGUGUUUUCCAUCUUUGUUUUGGCAACCACCAUCACCAUUUUAAGGGAUAUUUUGAUUGUGUUAAUGGAAGGAACAGAGAAAGGACUUUCUUAUGAUGCAGUGAAAGCAAGAAUUUUAGCAGUUGAGAAAGUGGAGUCUGUUCACAACCUUCAUCUUUGGUCUCUGACAAUGAAUCAAACGAUUCUAUCUGCUCAUGUGGCCACAGCAGACACAGUGGACAGUCAGAAGAUGUUGAAAGACAUCACCCAAGCCCUGUUUGAGCACUACAGCUUCCACUCCAUCACCAUUCAGAUUGAAUCAGGAGGGGAUCAGGAACAAAACUGUGUCUUCUGUCAGGAGCCGAGGGAUUAAAGGAGGCAUUAUGUUAUGCAAAAUAAUGACCACUCUUACAGGUCAAUGGAGACUAUAUGUGCUGGUUAUUUGUAAUUGAUUAAUAAUAAAUUGUAAUUAACUGAACUAAAAAGCCCUGCCACUGA